AUGGAAAAUACAACAAGAAACAACAAAUCAAUAAUGAAAUUAGGAUAUAAUGAAAUAAUGAUAACAUCAAUGUACUUUAAUGAUAUUAAAGAUUUUAUUAAUUUAGAAAUAGGAAUUAAAAGAUUUCAAGGAAAUAUUGAACGAUUUCAUUUUAAUCCAAUUCCUUUAAAUGAAUAUUCAAGAAAAUUAUUUACUAAUAUUGAAACAUUUCAUACUUAUAAUGAAAAUGAUGAAAUAUUUAAAGAUGGAAGAUUAUUUAAAUAUGUAAUAUGGUAUGAUAUUAGUUAUUCAUUAUAUUUAAAAGAGAAAGAAGAAUGA